CCCGGACCUGAUGCUCCGGGCCUUCUCGGGCAGCGGGAUCGCCGCGGACUUGCCAGGGGUCGCCGACCGAUUUCGUACCGAAUCGGUCGACUCUCGCGACGACUCUCGUGGACCGGCCCGGCCCGGAUAAAUCUCGACGUGUCACCGGACUCGCCGUCCCGAGACGGACACUCGGCCGCGGCCGACGGCCCUCCCGAGUGCGGCGAGGUUAGGGGACGGCCCGAGUAUCCGGUUGCGAGUCCAACGCGGAUUUCGCACACGGCUCUUUUCGCGACUGCGUCUCGUGCUUUAUUUACGGAUUUUCAUGGCUCCGUGGAUACCCUCGGCUUCCUCACAUAAGAGUUUCGAAACUGCGGCCUUUUUCCACGCUGAUUUGCCCACGGGCUGGAUAUCGAACCCUGGUCGAGUUUUAGGUUAUGAUACGUUGACCCAGGCUGGACGUUCUGUCGCAAGGACAUCUGUACAUCAUUCUACAGGGAUGAUUUUUGUGAAUUGGUGCACUCCAGCAUUUUAGCUAUCACCUAUUAUCGAUCUGCACGAACUCAGACUUUUAUUUGUGAGCGGUUAAGUUUUAAAUAAUAUGGCCCAAUAUUAUAAUCUUGUGACCACUCCCAAUGGUACCAUAACGAUCGAAGACGUACAUCACAUUUGUUCCACCGAUGGACAAAGUGUUCAGUUUCUCGUCGAAGAUGUGAAUAACGGUGGUAACGGCUCGCAACAAUUUCUUGCUUAUACUGCCGAAGCGCAAUCUAGCAAUCAAGCCAUAUUCCCCCAUCAAACUAUUAAUCUCGGAGGGCAGAUUGCAACUACGCAAUUGGAUCAACGACAAAAUGUCUAUAUAAUAAAGACAAACGAGUUGGCCUCCCCUCCAAACAUAUUGAAAACCAACGUGAAUGCUCACAUAGUUGGUGAAAAUAUAGUUAAUGUCGUUGAGAACCAGGCUCCGAAGCAGAACACAUUCCCUCCUGCGAAGAGCCAGACUGCUACACCGAUAAGACCUCAGCCCUUGAAUAACAUUGCACCAUCGCCCGUGGUACAGCAGCAGCAAACGCCACGUCAACAUUCAACUCCACAGUCGUUUCCUUCUAUGGAAAAGAAGCCUGUCAGAUUAUAUCAAAAUAAAAGGCAGUCUCUGACCAAGACUGCCGGAGGAGUUCCGAAUAGUCAAAUGGCUGGCAACAUAUUGAGCUCGCAAACGAAUUCCACGCCAAAUUCCAAUGCGGCCAACAGCAGAAACUCGACGCCAACUUUUCGUCCUAAGACGUACACGUCGGCAGCAGCUGGACCGGGUCUAAGUCAGACUCCAGCUGCCCGUCAACAGCUUCGAACCAGAUUGGACACUCCUCAUUCGCGAAAGCCACUUCAUUCGCAAAUGCCUAAGAAUUCGUCAAGUCUGCGGUGCUCGGAAAUGGAACACUUGAGCGAGAGAAUUAAGCAAGAGAGACUGAAGCAGAUACAGGGCCAAAGACAGCCCUGCUCACCGGCAGCAAACCAUGAACAGAGUUCACCUGUUCAACGACAGCAACAGGGCUCCGUUACUCCCCAGCAACAGAUACAGCAGUUGAUGAACAGUCCUGUCCAACGUCAGCAAGUGAUGGUGAAUGCUGGACAACAGACUCAACAAAUGACUUUGAUCCCUCAACAACAGCACCAGCAGCAGCAGUUUGCGCAGAUGCAAAGACAGCCAAUGAUAGGCCCUCAACAAAGACACCGUCAAGCGUCUGACACGUCCGAACAGCCCGUACAAAAUUCGAUGGAAGCUGAUUGUCCUGAGAAUCAGCAAGAAGUGUCAACUCUUAAUCAGCAGAACUGCACUCCCCAGGCGGACGCGGAUUGUAAUACUAGCCAGAGCUAUGCUUACUUUCAAAAGAUUAUUGAGAAUCCGCAGACUACUACUGUGCAACAGCAGAUUCAAGGGAACACCGCCAAGAUGCUGGUGGUUCUUCUCAACGGGGAGCAAAGAUUAAUCACGUUUGACGUACCCAAUGAAGACUGCACCGUUAACGAUCUCCUAGAGCAGGUGAACCUUUCGUUUAACGGAGAAACUGUGGUAACUCUAGUUACAGACCCUGCUCUGGGGAUAAAUUAUAUUGUGGAGGUUGGUUCAGGAUCGUCUCUUCAAGAUGGAAGUGAACAGGGUGAAAUCGGAGGGCCUUUGGAUAAUACUGCGACCACUCCGAACAGUCCCACUCUCAGCUUUAAUGCUUCGGAUGAAAACAGCAACUCGUCCCUGACGCAAAAUGAGGAGCCUAAGUUCAUCGAGGGAAUGCUUGCUGUGUGCCCGAACUGCGGUAUCACUUCUAAUGACUUCAACCGAUGUCUACGGUGUAAAACAAAAUUACCGGAGGAUGUCAAGGCAAUACCUGUAACUACGAGUAUGCAAGCGAAGAAGGAGAGCAUGCUGUCUAUUGAUGUAAAUAGCUUCUACAAGAAACCUGGCGACAAGUUGGAGAAAUCUGAUGGGAUUGCCUGCAAGCGGGGCAGAGCAAGAGGUCACGCUACUCGCAGGAAGCCUGUCAAAGAACCUGAAUGUUUGACGAUAUCAUCCGACGAGGACGAGGAUGAAGAGGGUAAAUCUAAGAAAACGGAUGGUAACAAUGUCAAUACUACUACUAACUAUUUGACUAAUUCGGGUACCGAAGAAAUGGAAAUGAUUCUCGAAAAAGAACCAGUGAUUACCAAUAACUCAGUACCUUUCACUGCAGACCGUACUGCGGAUGGCGAAGAAGGAACAAGAGAGUGUCCGGGCAGUGGCGGAGGGAAAGAAGGGGAACCACAAAUCAAUUCAAACAGUGCGACACAAAUAUCACAGACAUCGUUACUAUGUCGGACAGUGAGAAUAGGAUCAUAUAAAUAUGUUCCUCGAGAAAAAGUUGCGAUAUCACAACACGGCGUGAGAUUAAGUGUUCCUCUUUUGGAAGAUGAUAAAAAUUUCGUAACUUUAGAGGUACAGUUUAAGGAUAUAAUAAAAGUGCUGAUCCACUUCGGAAAGUCGAUGCCUGUAUUGUUUUUUUAUACGACCACAAGUACAGGCGCAAUGAUUCGCGAAUUAUUAGGAAUGCAAGAUCCCAAAGGUCCCUAUUAUGAUCCGGCUGGAAAAGAUCAUACGCAUAAACGAAUAACUUUACUGCCCGAAAGAGUAUCAGAAGAAUCAAAAGUCAUUUUGAAGACCCUAUUCGCACCAAGGCGUAUGUUGGAAGAAUUGAGCCCGAAAGAAGCUAACGACAUUCUAGUGCGAGCAUCGCCAAAAGAUAGUUUACAAGUGCAAAAUAUCUCAAAGAAACAAAGUCUUGCGUCCUCUACAAAUAACAUCAGCGUGAAUAGUGGCAUACAAACUAUCACGGUGUACCCACCGCCACCUGCUAAAGGUGGUAUAGCGAUCAAUACCGAAGAUUAUGCAUGUCUAGCAGAGGAUCAAUUCCUGAACGAUGUUAUUAUAGAUUUUUAUUUAAAAUAUUUAACUUUGGAAAUGCUGUCGGAAGCUGAUCAAAGUAGAACCCACGUAUUCAGCUCAUAUUUCUAUAAACGACUGACCAGCCCGCAUACUCAGGCGGCUGAAAGCGCCGUGCCUCUUUCCGCGCCCGCGAAAAGGCACGCAAGAGUUCAGAAGUGGACGAAAAAUGUGAAUAUUUUCGAAAAGGAUUUUAUCGUCAUUCCGAUUAACGAGCACGCUCAUUGGUUCCUGGCUAUAAUUUGUUUCCCCGGUUUGGUGGGGAAAGUGAUGUCCAACUCUCCUUUGACGAAAGAACAGGACACGCAGAAAGCCACCCAAAAGUCCAAGAAACUGAAGGAAAUGAAACUACAAGCAGUUACAAUUGGCAGUACUACGAUAACUCCUGUUAAGACUACUAUUACGAUAGAUCAAGGAGACGAUGGCUCGGAGCGAGAUGAGGCUGAAGGAGACGACGAAGAAAUGGAAGUUGACAGCGAAGAUGAGGAAGAUGAAGGAACCCGAGAAGAUGGUACGAACCAACAAGUGAAAUCACAGCCAUCUCCUCAGUGCAAGCCAGAGCAACAGGAUGUAGUCAAAAUUCCAUGCAUACUAAUAUUCGAUUCCCUUGCUGGAGCUAGUCGGUCGAGGGUGGUAGCUACUUUGAGAGAUUACCUAAGCUGCGAAUAUCUCGCCAAAAUGGGGAAGGAAAAAGUAUUUUCUAAAGAUACUAUAAAAGGAGCCAGUCCGAAGGUUCCGCAGCAGUCGAAUUUUACAGACUGCGGAGUCUACGUGCUGCAGUACGUUGAAAGUUUUUUCAAGGAUCCUAUCAAAGACUAUACGUUGCCAAUUAAGACUUUAAGGAACUGGUUCGAAGAGAUUGUUGUAACGAGAAAAAGAGAGGAACUGUCGAAGCUGUUGGUAAAGUUAAUGAACGCUAGUAAAGGUGAUAAGAACAUAAGCUUACCCACGCUUACAUUUCCCACGCAAGAUGGUAAGUUAAUACCCAAGCCGGAAAAUCAUCCCGAAUCGAAAUCGGUGAAAUCAGAGACCGAUAAAAAGAAGUCCGCACCGGAUGGAGAAAGUCGGUCCAAUACCAACGCCACGGUUUCUGCAAGUCCUGCAAAUCCUGCAAAUCCUGCGACUCCUGCGACUCCUGCGACUCCUACAAUCGUUGCAAGCGGUUUGGAGGCCUCCGAAACCACGAGCGAAGUAUUAAAUAGAACUACCUAUCAAAUCAUUCCUUACUCUCCAUCGUCAAGUAACAGUUCAACCGAGGGUAGUCAGACGGAGAUGUUUACCGAGACCAAAACGAGAACAUCAAGCGAAACCAUGACCUAUCUGAAGGCAAAGCGCAUCGCCAGGCUAACAUUGAAGACGCCGGAAAUUCAGGACGACACACCGACCGCGAAGAAGCACAAAGGGGACUCCAUCGAUUCCUGUAAAUAAACGUUGUUCUCUUUUUUUAUAAUGUCAUACAUAAAAGUUAGUCCGCAUUCAUAAUUAAAGAAUGAGCCCAUUUACCUAUGUAACAAAGUAUGGUUAGCUACUUCGUAAGGUGAAUAAAACAGCAAAACUGCAACCCUAA